CUCCUUCUGAGCGUAAUAUUGAGAACCAUUACUCACAUAGAAAUCAAUGGAAGAUUGUGUGGUUCAUAGAAUGUUUUGAUGAAUUAUUUUACAUUUCAUAAAAGAAUCGAUAUAGUUUUACAAUUAUGAGUUGUUCCGGUAUCUUAACUGCAUUUUCCAGGCUAACAAUAUACAACCGAUCCAACCCAAUAAGAAAUAUUUCUACCAAUACAAUACCCGUGUUCUUCAGAAUCACCGAUUCUCUCCUAGCAGAACCUUUGAAGAAGAAAAAGAAACUUGACCCGGCAAUUGUUAAACAAAGAGAAGAGAGGAAAAAAAGGAAAUUAGAGAAAUUAAUUAAAAGACUAGAAAAGCAUGCGAAACAGUUAAAACCAGUAGAUGAGAUGGAAAUUCCUUUAAAAUUAAUCGAUGAAAGAAAGAUACGUCUCAGACAGAUCUCACCACUAUCCCCCGAAGUAAUAGAUGAGAGAGUAUUACUGCAAAAAGAAUGGGCCAAGUAUAAGCUGAACCAGAAUUUAGCUAACAUACAAAAGUUAGAUUACAUAAUGUAUUCUCAACAAAGAGCUCUGGAUGAACUCAAGGCAGUAUCCGAAGACCUAUAUAACGAAGCAAUACAGCUUGAUAUUCGCAUGCUACCACAUACAACGACUGGUCCUGUGAGAACUCCACCGAUAGAAAACUACGACAGUCCGGAUGGAGACUAUACAGACAUAACUCGUAAAUUUGAAGGAGAGACGUGAGAAUAGUAAUAGACUUAUAUCUAGUAUCUAUAAAAAAUUAGAUCAUUGAAUAAAAUAUUUGUCACCGUACAAGAUCAA